CCUCCACUUCCCUUGGAACAAGGUGAGUCUGAAACCCUGUCCCCUCCUUCUUCUUUUCCUCUUCCUCCUCUGCCUCCACUGGAUUUCUAAGCACAUUCCUGCCCCUUUCAUCCUAUGCCUGGAUUUGGGGAUAUUUUUCAUGAGAGAGGGAGGGGGCAGAAGGUCUGGGACAGUCAGAGUAUGUGGCUGGGCUGAGGUGUCUCCUCAGCUGUGGGUACUUUUGGAUCUGCCUGGGCUUGGAUCUCCUUCUCAGGGUUCCUUUGAGAUUGGGGGAGGUUAAGUUAAUGGGUCUCCCGACACAACCAAAAGCUCCCUUCUCCACCUCAUCUUUUGUCUCUCUCAUAGUGGUCUGACAGUGGCUGCUCUUCACCCAUUUCCCCAGCUCACUGCUCUGCUUCCUCCUGACCUCUCUCCAGGUGCAUCUCCAGCCCCAAGCCAUGUCCUGCUACAACACCUGCCUGCCCUGCCAGCCCUGCGGCCCGACCCCACUGGCCAACAGCUGCAAUGAGUGCUGUGUCCGGCAGUGCCAGGACUCCACCGUUGUCAUCCAGCCCUCUCCCGUGGUGGUGACCCUGCCCGGACCCAUCCUCACCUCCUUCCCGCAGAACACCGCCGUGGGAAACUCCACCGGCGCUGCUGUUGGCAGCAUCCUCAGUGAUGCGGGAGUGCCCAUCAACUCUGGGGGCUUUGGCCUCUCCGGCUUGUCCGGCUUCGGUGGCCGCUACUGUGGCAGGAGAUGCCUCCCCUGCUAAAGCCACUGCCUGCACUGAGGUCUCCACUCACAUCGGCCUCGUUUCCCUCCUUUGACUCAAUAAAGUUCUGAUG